UUACAUCUCAAUUAAUUGGGUGCAUACUUUGACAGAACUUAUUUAAGAAACUCCGCUACUUUUCAUCACUAUAGGCAAGCAACUAAAGUGCAAAAUAAGACACCAAACACUGAAUUCACUAGUCUACCAUAGCAGCAGAAAGUUCACCACCACCUGCUGCCAGGUGCCCUGCAACCUGACCUCUCCUAGUAAUGGUCGCGGCGUUAAGUACGUAAUGUCGUCACUUCCUGUCACGCCUUUUUGACCUCCUCACUUACACACACACAAACGACAGUCAUGGGGAGAGUCUUGCCGUGCCAGCUGCUACUGUUGCUGCUGCUUGGGCCAAGUUCUGUAUGGGCACCAAGCUUCGCCCUUUCCCAGGACUGCAAUGCUGCCGACACAGUAGUGAAGGAAGGACAAACACGAGUCAUCAACACUAUAGGCAUUGGAGGGGGUGGCGGCUCCUUCAACCUGUUUGUGAAGCCAGGAAGUGACUUUGAGGGCGUCAGACUUGAGGUGCAAGCUAGUGACGGCACUCACCACGCUGCCUGGUUCCCUGCCGAGGAGGAAUGUUUCCCGCGGGAUGGCACGUGGCUGCAGUACCUGGCAGGGACAUGGGUAACCGAGGUGGGGCUUAGUUUCCGCUUUAGGUCUAACAGAUGCUGGAAGUGGUGCGUGAUCACGACCCAGGGAAAGCCUAUCAACUUCAGCGUUGUGGCUCACGGCCGUUCUGGAUGGAUAAAAGGAUACCCACCUGACGGCUGCAACAUUACUUACUAUACAGGCAAGAUAGAAAAACUGCCUACCUGCCAGGAGCUGAUAUUCACCUCCACCACCAACACAACCACGACUCUCUCUACUCCCGCGCUGACACAGGACAAUAUUCUACUCACAGCAGCAUCAACAAUGGUGGUGCUGGUGGUGGUGGUAGUGGUAGCGGUGGUGUUGGUGGUGGACUGUCGGAAGAGGAACUCUAUGACAUUAUCAAAUGAGGUGGCCUUCCAGUCCCAGCCUGACGUCGCCAGCCGCGCCCUGCAGUUCACUACCAGCCAAGGACGCGUCUCAGACCAAGACCAGGAAAGCUUCUGUUGCCAAAUCCGUCCUGACCGCUCAGCACGCAGAGUGGCAGUGCCGCGGCCAGUACAGGAUUUAGGGAAACUUGUGUACGAUGACGUGCUUCCUGAACACUACGUGCUGCCUCGCUCACCUUUUUACGAGAAUGUGCCUCCUGCCGGUGGCAGCGCCUCCCCUCAUGGGCACCUGGAUCUGUUUAGUUAAGUUUGUUUUGGCAAAACGCAUUAUUGUUUGUUUGUUUGUUUGUUAGCUUAAACAAGAGUGGCCUUGGUUGACUGGAGCAGCACAGGGCACUGAGGCAGUCUUUGUUCUGCUACAUCUCUAAUUAAAAAAAAUCGAUUUGGUGUGUUGGUAAUCUAGUUUGUUCCUAGUGUAGUAAAUCAGACUUCUAUGCUUUGAAAACAAUAAAACAUCAGUCCGUCUGAGCCUGCACCUGC